AUGAAGGUUUCAAUGAUAUUACAUUUAUUUAAUAUUUUAGUUGCUAUCAAUUUAUUAGCACCAUGUUUUUGCCUUAAUAAAAAAGAUAAUGUAGAAGAUAAUAAUGAUAUUAUAAGCAUUACUGAAUCUAUAGAGAAAAGUAGAAAAAAAAAAAUUAUGUAUACUUGUGCAGCUUUAGCAACAACAUUGGCUGCAGUAACAGGAAUAGCAUUGGGAAUUUAUUUUACCAGAGAUAAACGUAGAUCUGUAUGGGAAAAUGACGAUUUAGGAAAUGCUGCUUCUGAAAUUAUUGAUAAAAUAGUAGACGAAGGAAGUAAGAAUGGACAAAUAGCUCUUGAAAAUGGACUAGAUUUAGAAAAAGUUAUUAAAAAUAAAGAUAUUAAAAAUGCUUUGAAAACUUACCUUGAAAAAAGUGAAACAAAAUUUUCUGGAUUUCAAAAAAGAGAACUGUACCAUUAUGUUCCAUUUAUUUCACAUAUAAUAAGGCAUAAACUGAAAAAUAAUGAUUCAUAUGAUUCAUAA